AGACCCGCCGCAGUUCGAGGAGCGGCCCGUCGACCAGAUCGUGAUGAACGACCGCGUGGCCUCGUUCACGUGCCGCGCCACGGGCAACCCUGAGCCGCGGAUCCAGUGGCGCAAGAACGGCCGGAAGGUCAGCGGCAACACUCGCUACAUGAUCCUCAACGUGCCCGGCGGAUCCAUCCUGAGGAUCGAGCCCGUCAAGUUCCUGCGCGACGAGGCCACGUACGAGUGCGUGGCCGAGAACACCGCCGGGGACACCAUCACCGCCAAGGCCAAGCUGGACGUCAUCUCCGACGAUCCGAACUCCCAGCCCGCGGGGUUCCCCUACUUCCGCACGGAGCCCAAGACGAAGGCGGUGGAGAUCGACCACACGGCGCUGCUGGUGUGCGACGCCCGAGGCAACCCCGACCCGGUCAUCACCUGGUACAAGGACCACCGGCCGGUCGACCUCACCAACCAGCGCUACAGCGUCCUCCGCUCCGGGAGCCUGCAGAUCAGCACCAGCACGGAGGAGGACGGAGGCAAGUACGAGUGCGUCGCCAGGAACUCCGUGGGAACCGCCUUCAGCAACCUCGUCAGCCUCUACGUCAGGGUGCGCCGCGUGCCCCCUCGCUUCAGCAUGCCCCCCGAUUCCGUCUACGAGGUCAUGCCCGGCGAAUCCCUCAGCAUCCCGUGCGUGGCCGUGGGCUCGCCGAUGCCGUACGUGCAGUGGAAGAAGAACUCCCGCCAGGGCCCCGCGGAGGACAUGACGGACAACCUGAUCACCAAGAACGUCCUGGUGCUCGAGAACAUCCAGGAGUCGGCCAACUACACGUGCCAGGCGCAGUCGACGCUCGGACUCGUCACGCAGGAGGUCGCCGUCAAGGUGCAAGCCCUGCCGCGUCCCCCCGACCAGGUGAUGAUCAGUGACGUCAUGGCGACAUCGGUGCGGAUCACGUGGGACUAUGACGUCAGCCCGGGAGACAUCUCGUAUUACGUCAUUCAGUACAAGCCGCACCACGCCGAGAGGGACUACCACGAGAUCUCUGGCCUCGUCACCAAGUUCUACAACGUCAUCGGAUUGACGCCGUUCACCGUGUACGAGUUCCAAGUCCUGGCCGUGAACAAGAUCGGACGCGGCCCUCCGUCGAAGCCCGUGACGGUGAGCACGGGAGAAACAGUCAACGGUGGAAACUCAAGGCUACAAGCUGUACUACACCACCAACCCAUCUCUACCAAUCCAAUCUUGGAAGAGUCAACCGGUGCAGGAUAACAAGCUGACGACCAUCAGUGACCUAACUCCACAUACAAUCUACACCAUACGUGUGCAAGCUUACACAGGCAUUGGACCAGGGCCUCUCUCAGACCCUGUAAAAGUCAAGACUCAGCAAGGAGUACCUAGCCAGCCCACGAACCUGCAUCCAGCUCGCGUUACUGCAACAUCUAUUGAACUCAGUUGGACGAGACCUUCUCAUCAAGGAGAGAACAUCAUUUCUUAUGAACUGUACUGGAAUGAUUCUACAACUCAGAGACAAGAGCAGCGUAAUAUUCCGGAGGGUGAGAGCUACACCUUGGAAAAUCUGCAACCCAACACAGUGUACAAUCUGUGGUUGGCAGCUCGAUCACAGCGGGGGGAAGGAGCCAGCACUGCACCCAUCUCAGUCCGCACAGAGGAACACUUCCCAGGUGCUCCUCCCAGUAACAUCCGUGCUGCUGCUGAAGACUCAGAGACAAUCCAUGUGGAGUGGGAGCCUCCCCCGGAAGACAAACAACAUGGAAAGAUCACCCACUACAAACUCAUGUAUGUCAACAACACACGACCUGAUUCAGAUGCUUCGGUGAUCACAAUAUCUGAUCCAACACAGCGGGAUUACCUCAUUACCAACCUGCAGAAAUGGACGGAGUACAGAGUUUGGAUGCUUGCUGGAACCAUCAUAGGGGACGGUGUCAAAUCUGACCCCCAGCUAGUCCGCACAGAUGAAGAUGUUCCUGGUGAACCACGCAACGUGAAGGUUGAGGUCAUCAACAGCACAAGUAUUAGGGUUACUUGGACUCCCCCCAACGAGAGGGAAAGAAAUGGCAUUCUUCGAGGCUACCAGAUCCACGUGCAGGAGAUGGCAGGAAGUGAAGGCAGUAUGAUUAUUCCUGGUUCCAUGCCAUACACAGUUCACAAUGGUGAAGCAACAAGUUAUGUGGUUACUGAUCUGCACCCUGACACAGAGUAUCAGGUUCAGGUGUCAGCUAUAACAAGAAAAGGUGAUGGUGAGAGAUCACUGCCUACAAAAGUGCAGAUGCCAGGUGGUGUGCCCAACAAACCUGCUCUGAUUGUGAAUGGGACUAUAGACAAAGCUAAUGGAAAACUGUCUGUGUUCGUUGAAUGGAAAACUCCAACUGAGACUUAUGGAGAGAUAAUGGGUUACCGUUUGAGAUAUGGACCAAGAGGAGAAAAGCUAAAUACUGUCAGCCUUGAGGGACGCUCCAUGUUGCACAAGACGCUAAAUGAUCUGCAGAGGGGAAUCGAGUAUGAGAUACGUGUAGCUGGUCGCAACCACAUCAACUACGGUCAGGAAGCAGUUGAAUACUAUAUGACUCCUGAGGCACCACCGUCUGGGCCGCCCACCAACAUUACAUAUAAAUACCAAACUCCAGGCACUAUUGUUUUCACAUGGGAUUUACCCAAGCCUAAUGAAAGGAAUGGAGUUAUUCAUAUGUAUGAUGUGGAGUUCAACAAGAAUGUGAUACUGAACAAUGACUUCAAACAUGAGAGGAACACUUCUGAAGGGAGAAUAGUCUUUAAUGGUCUUGAAGAGAACAUGGAUUAUACUUUCAAGGUUCGAUCUUGGACUUCAAAAGGUCCUGGUCCUUAUAGCGAGGUUGUACACUUACACACGGAGCCUGACCUUGUUCGAGCACCCAUGUCCCUUCAAGGACUCGCCACUUCAGAAUCUUCUAUUGAAAUAUGGUGGGAACCCGUUCCUUCACGUGGGAAAGUUAUAGGAUAUCAGGUGUUUUACACAAUGGCUCCAUCAGCCGAUUUGGACCUGUGGACUCAUAUCAAAGUUCCAGUAACCCACUCGGCUGAACUGCAGAACUUGGAACGCCAUGCUGAGUAUGCCAUUGCUGUAGCUGCCAGGACUGCAACAGGACUAGGACGCUUGUCAACAAUGCUACCUGUACGUGUAAAGCCAGUGGAUGUACCAAUGCACCUGCGCGCUCAUCAUGUCACCACACAUUCUGCAAAUCUAACUUGGGGCCCCCCUAUUCAGCUGAACCCUUUGCACUUCAAGGUGACCUAUAGCGCAGUGAAGGAGUUUGUUGAUGCUCAAGGUGUAACUCAAGUCCAGAAGAUUGGUGUAACUACCAAAAUUGUGAAUAAGCGCAAGCACAGCUUCAUCAUAGAGGAUCUACGUCCCUUCACCACCUACACUGUGAAUGUUACUGCUGUACCGCAGACCCAAGAAUACCGUCCACCUGCAAAGAUCACUGUAACAACUCAGAUGGCAGCUCCUCAGCCAAUGGUGAAGCCUGACUUUUAUGGUGUUAAUGGUGACCAUGAGAUAGCCAUGAUUUUACCUCAAGCGUCAGAGGAGUACGGGCCAAUAGCUUUUUAUUACCUUAUAGUUGUGCCUGAGGACAAUCACCAUGCCUUUAAGAACCCUGAUCAGUAUCUCACGGAUGAUGGCAAAUCACUUCAUCACGCUUCAUCUACACCUGAAAUACACAAUCAUGGUCUCAUAGCCAAUAAGGCUGGAAGCAAGGAAGCGCUAGCUGAAGGACCCUACAUUGCAGCUAAGUUCCUACAUCGCAACAUCCCCUAUUCCUUCUCUCUUGGUAAUGGUCAGAUUUAUGAGGGAUUCAAGAACAGACCAUUGCAAAACAACAAGAGGUACAAGAUCUUCGUAAGGGCCAUUGUCGACACUCCUGGACAGCACCUCUACACUUCAUCACCCUUCUCGGACUUCAUCUCGUUGGACAUGCGAGCUGCACCCAGAGGGAAGCUCCCAGAGCGCCCCAAGCCCAUCCCUGACAACGUGGGAACAAAUGUCCCCAUUCCAGGCCCUGGGAAUGAUAUGGAAAUGCUCAUGAUUGUUGGUCCUGUCAUUGGCGCUGUACUGCUGGUGGUCAUAUCUCUAUUCUUGUUCCUCUUUGUUUGGAAGCGUCGCAGGCAGCCCAAGUCCCGUGACCAGGCUCAGGUGACGAAGCCCUUAAUGGCUGAUCAUGGCGGUGGUCAUGUGGGUGGAGGGAUCGGUGGAGGUGGAGGCAGUGUUGGCGUCAUCCCGGCUGCUCCCUCUGAUCCAGUGAAGAUGCGACGACUCAACUUCCAGACCCCAGGCAUGAUCUCCCACCCUCCUAUCCCCAUCUCACAGCUUGCCGAGCACAUUGAGAGACUCAAGAGCAAUGACAAUCAGAAGUUCUCACAGGAGUAUGAGUCAAUUGAACCAGGACAGCAGUUUACUUGGGAUAAUAGUAACCUUGAAGUCAACAAACCAAAGAAUCGCUAUGCCAAUGUGAUAGCAUAUGACCACUCAAGAGUUGUUCUCCAGACUCUUGAAGAAGUUCCAGGAAGUGAUUAUAUCAAUGCCAACUUUUGUGAUGGCUAUCGCAAACAAAACGCGUAUAUUGCCACUCAGGGUCCACUUCCGGAGACUUUUGGAGACUUCUGGCGUAUGUGUUGGGAACAGCGCUCUUGUACGAUUGUGAUGAUGACUAAGCUGGAGGAGAGAACUAGGAUCAAGUGCGACCAGUAUUGGCCUGGGAGAGUAUCGCAGACAGAAACUUACGGCAUCAUGCACAUCACCCUGACUGACAUUCAGGAACUAGCCACCUACACUGUGAGGACUUUCCAGUUGCAGAGAUCUGGCAAUUUGGACCGACGUGAAGUGCGACAAUUCCAGUUCACCGCCUGGCCUGACCACGGUGUUCCUGACCACCCAACACCAUUCCUCAUGUUCCUACGGCGUGUGCGACAUGUCAACCCACCAGACUCGGGACCAAUUGUCGUUCACUGCAGUGCUGGUGUUGGCCGAACAGGAGCUUUUAUUGUCAUUGAUGCCAUGCUGGAGAGGAUAAAACAUGAACAGAGUGUCGAUAUCUAUGGACAUGUGACCUGUCUGCGCGCUCAAAGGAACUACAUGGUCCAAACCGAAGACCAAUACAUCUUUAUACAUGAUGCCCUCUUGGAGGCUGUGAUGGCAGGGGCAUCAGAGGUGCCAGCACGCAGCUUACACUCGCAUAUCCAGAAGUUAAUGGCUGUUGAAGCUGGUGAUACUGUGACAGGCAUGGAACUGGAAUUUAAGCGUCUAGCAAACAUCAAGGCCCAACCAUCGAGGUUUGUUAGUGCCAACCUGCCUGUAAACAAAUUCAAGAACCGAUUAGUAAACAUCCUGCCAUACGAAAGUACUCGUGUUUGCCUUCAGCCUCUCCGUGGCAGUGAGGGAUCAGACUACAUUAAUGCCAGCUUUAUUGAUGGCUAUAGGUAUCGCUGUGCUUACAUAGCAACACAAGGUCCAUUGCAAGAGACAGUUGAUGACUUCUGGCGGAUGCUUUGGGAACACAACUCCACCAUUGUUGUCAUGCUCACCAAGCUCAAGGAGAUGGGCAGGGAAAAAUGUUACCAGUACUGGCCAAAUGAACGUUCUCAACGAUAUCAGUUUUAUGUGGUGGAUCCAAUAGCUGAGUAUAACAUGCCUCAGUAUAUUCUCAGGGAGUUUAAGGUUACUGAUGCUAGAGAUGGACAGUCUCGCACCAUACGACAGUUCCAGUUUAUUGAAUGGCCAGAACAGGGUGUGCCAAAGUCUGGAGAAGGGUUCAUUGACUUCAUUGGCCAAGUGCACAAGACAAAGGAGCAGUUUGGACAGGAUGGGCCUAUCACUGUACACUGCAGUGCUGGCGUUGGACGUACCGGUGUCUUUAUCACCUUGAGUCAGGUCCUGGAGCGCAUGCAGUAUGAGGGUGUUGUUGACAUGUUCCAGACCGUCCGCAACCUCCGCACACAGCGUCCUGCAAUGGUGCAGACAGAGGAGGAGUACAGGUUCUGCUACUUGGCCAGUCUGGAGUACCUAGACAGUUUUGAUCACUUCGUAGACUGACUAUCAAGGCCUGCCGGCACUCGCCUGCAAUCUGUGUGGACCUGAGAAAACAAUCAGGCUAGCUCGGGUGCUAGAGUAAGCAAAUAAUUGUAGGCAGUUAGUGGUGAUAAGUUGCACUAGAAUGAACCAUUUAUCUCUGUGCUGCAGAGGUGCUCUCUCUUGGAAAAGCAGAUGCUGUGUUGUGUCUUGCUGAGAAAGAAAUAUUGGGCUCAUUCAAAAUAAUAAUAAGGCUGGUGUGAAAGAAUUUUCAUGUAGUGAGACUUUCUUCAACUCCCCAGAGUUAGCACUACAGAAACUUCAUGAAUGGCCAAAUGCAGAUAGUGCAAUAAGUUUUAUCAUGUAUUUAAAUAUCUGAUUUAUAUAUUUAAAAGAGUUGAAAUCAAAAAAAUAUUAUGUUGGAAACUUGCACCCUCCAAGAUGUCAUUUCCAUGGAAACUAAACAAGAGACAGUGGACGACUUGCUUCCCGUUGACUGAUGACCACAAAGCUCAUGUCAGUGAUAGCAUGAGUGAAACCAAGCUGCCUUCUCAAGACUGUCAUGGGUGAUGUCAGAGAAGCUGUGUUAAGAAAAGAUUUAUUACUAGUACACUGAAGCUGGAUUUUAAGAAAAUUGCCAAGACAACAGAGCAAGUCAGUGGAGGGACAAUUGGAAAUGCCAUCCCUCAAUACAUCUAGGCGACAAGAUGCCACGGUCAUUUCCUUCAGCAUGUUUUAAUUCUCAAACACAGAUGGAAAUUGUAGCUCAUUUUGUAGAUAGUAUAGCACAAAAUGUAUAAUGACAAUGAAGGAAUGAAGAAAAAAUGAUCUCAAAAUUACAGAACCAAUAUUGGGUGCUAAUGUGUGUAAACAUCACCUCUUCUAAUGUGCCAAUAUAUGGGCAUAUGCUUCAGUGUUAGUUAUGAAGACCAAGAUGAAGAAAAGUUUUAUAUUGUAGGUAAUAACUUUCUUUUAUGAGAAAUUUGUAACUGUGUGAAAGAAAUUUUUCUUCAGGUUAGACAAUUGGCAGAGUCCUCUUAGUGUAUUGCAUACAACUGUAUUUGGUGAUGCAAAUCUUGGUGUGGUGUCAUCGUUUGAAAACAGGAAAAUAUAUUGACAUGGAUGUGCUCUCAAACUACUUGCAGAAAUUGCAUAAAUGGAACAUCAUAAGUGCUUUCACAAAAUGUAGGUUUAAGUUAUUAAAGAUGUCUAAACACAAAGUACAUAUAGAAUCAUCCAUGUAAAUAGGGGUGUUACUCCCUCACAUGGGUUUACUUUCGACCUAUACAUGAUGAAUUAACUCAUUAUAGAAAAUGAAAACAAAGUAAAAUGCUUCCCAAGAAGUUUUUCAGCCAUUUCAAUUUAUGAAUGUAAUUUUAAACAAUCUGUGUCCAAACUUCCAAUGCUGCAUGAACCCUGAAGGCUAUCUGUACUUCUGAUGACUGGAUAUGAACUUCAGAGAAAAGCAUUUUACUUUUAUAACUAGAUUGUUAAAAGAAAAAAGUAUAAUGAAAAUGAGAAACCUUUUAUUGGUGUGACACUGAACCCUUGCCUUGUUACCAUGAUGUAGGUCAGAUACGUUGGUCUUUAGUUUAAUGUUUUCUUUCUCUCUCUUUUUUGUUUUAGGUUAGUGUUCUCCACAGUGUUGCACAUAUAUAUAUAGUUGUGUAUUCCAGGAUCAUGAUAUUAGGUUAUAGUACUUAUUUUUUCAUGUUUUUGUAAGAAACUUGUUUUGUUUCAUACUGACAAUGUGACCAUUCACUUUAUAUUAAUGUUUAAGUGUACUUUUUGUACAAACUUUUUUGUGUGAAUGAGCAGAUGAGCCAAGUUUGACAGAGUAAGCAGAUGGUCCUCGUUUAAGAGUGUUCGAAAUAGCCAGCCAGUUACCAGGUGCAAGGAACAGUUAAAGGCACAGAUCCAGUCCAUACCACGAAACUAUUUUCUGUAGAACUGACUGUUGCAAAAAAAUAAAAAAGAAGAAAAAAAGGAAAAAAAAAAAGGACAAAAGAUGGCUUAGACAUCUCGCUGUACUAGAAGAAGUAGGGGAAAGAAUAUUGCCAAUAACUGUCUUUGUUACUUAGUGAAUGUCCAAAUGUUUUUCAGCUAUACUUAUUACUCUUAAAUUGAAUAAAUGAAUAAAAUAUUGCCAAGGCUGGUUUAUACGAUAAGCAUAAUUUUCAUGAGUUAAAAAUAUGUGAUGUAGCAUACUAAAGCAUGAGUGAGGAUGAGGAUGUAAGAGAUAGUAAGAUGACCGUGAAUAUUAUUUUUGAAGAAGAAUUUUCUCAACUAGAGUAAUUCCAUUCUGUCGCGGUAUGUUUUUAUUGAAAUUUAUUUGUUACAAUUGAGCUAAUGACAUGACUAAACCGAUUACUUUGGUUUGCUGAAUAUGUUAGCAAUAUAGACAGAUUCCUGCAAUAAGAAAUUCAAAGUUCUGUGACCUAUGAAUGCAUAUCAAGCACUACCAUAAGUUGCUUCAUAAUCAUUGUUGUCUCUAUAUAUCAUGUAACUCGGUGCAUCGUGGGCAGUGUUAAGGAUGUUUCCUAUGAACUUGGUCUCAGGUGUCAGGAGCACACUUGGUGGUAUUGAAGAAAAUGGAAAGGCUCAUGCUGUUAGCUUCCUCUCUGAUACACAGGGUAGUAGGAAAAGUGCCAUGUAUAUAAUAAAAAGGAAGGAUAUGUUAAAAAUAAGGAAAAUGAGAAAGACCAUAAAAAACCAUAUCAAGAUUGCCUUGACAUGCUGUGUUUGUCACUGAAGAGCCUAUACACUGUUAUGGAAGCAAUAUAAUAAUACUCAAGUUGGUAAAGGCAAUUUAUCAGAGAGUAACAGUAAAGCAUUCCUGUUGACCUGACCUACAGUAAUGUGUAAGGGGCAUUUCACUAACAUUUUCCUCAACUCCACCUUGCUGCUGCCAUGACUGGAUACUGUUUAAUUUGUUUUGUAAGUCCUGUAGCAGAGUAAUACACACAAAAUGUGAAAGCAUUGUCACGGUAACAUCACAGUUUCUGAGGAUGAAAAAAGGUGUUAUGUACAGAUCUCUCUCCCUCUUCUUGCUGUUAAACUCUCAUGAUUAGAGUGUAUACGUUUUCAUUAUGUGUAAGUGCAUUUACUUAUUUCCAAAGCAUUUAUUCUGUACAUCCCAGACUUUAAAAAGAAAAAAAAUGAGGCUAUCACAUGGCAUUUUCAGAAGAACCAAUAAAUGAUAAAGCAGAUGUUACCCAUGGGUCACGAUAUUCCUGUUUGCCAGUUUUAUAUUUUGCUUUGUUCGGCUUCAGUUUGUAAUCACUACCACCUCAAAUCAACUGCCAUUAAUAUAGGGGGAUAUGAGGCAAUACACUUGGCUUGCCACUAUGCUCUCUCCUUUCAUGCACUGCUGCCUGGACCAUCAAACUGCCUCUCAUUGUAGCCUCUGUUAAUGGUUUUCUUAACCAUAGCACUAAACCCUUGUUAAUGACCUAAAAUGGAAGUAUGUUUUAUUUCAAAACAUUGACAAGUAACCUUGGAAGGCAUAGUUAUGUUACUAUUUAUUUUUAUAGAAAUUGACAACGGAAUAACAAGGUAUUGGUGCUUCUAAACCUUCUUUGUAAUAUGUCAAAGGUGUUACAUAAUAUUUAGAUUAUGCACAUUUCAUAUUGAUAGUUAGGAGGAAUGAGAGGCAGGACUUUCUAUCAAAAUUACUCUACCCAUGCCUAUAAUAUUGUUUUGUUUUUACCUAGCUAGCAAUAUUUUGUAAUUCACACGUGAUGUAACAUAUUGUAAGAAUAAAAUGGAAUGAAAAUUUUAA